UUUAGGAUUUUUCAAGUUUUUCUUCGUUUUUCGACAAUUUCUGAGAGAAACUACUUGAAAAAAUGUCAGAAAAUCUCACAUACGACGAAUUUGAGGUUCAAGUCAAGGAAAUAAUUGAAAUCUCCGAGAGAUUGAACGAUAAAUGGACUUUAGAACGUGUGAACGACGAUCCAGGAGGCAUUUUCUUGCGAUAUAAACAUGAAGACGAUACAGAACAAAAUUUUCUCAUCGAUUAUCACAUUUUGUUUUCUUUGAGCUAUUCAGUGCCUGUGAUGUACUUCAAUGUGCAAGAUACAGAUUCAGGUCAACUUUUAACUUUGGAAGAAUUUCGUAAAAUCUUCAUUGAGAAGAACGAAAUUUCCGAAGAUUUGAAUCAAGUUCUCACACAAAUGGAACAUCCUUUGUUUUUUCGUCCUUUUCUCGCUUUGCAUCCUUGUAAAACGGCGGAUUUGUUGGCAGUUAAUGCGUCGUCGAAUAAAGUUUUGACUUUUAUCAGUAUUUACGGUCCAUUCAUCUUCCUCAAUUUGGAUUUGGAAUACGGAAAAUUUGCAAAGGUCACCGAUUCAUGACAAAUCUUGUGAAGUAUUUACGGUCCAUUCAUCUUCCUCAAUUUGGAUUUGGAAUACGGAAAAUUUGCAAAGGUCACCAAUUCAUGACAAAUCUUGUGAAGUUUUUACUUACAUCAGCAAAAUAAAACGUUUUUUUUUUAU